CGCGCCGUGGAAUCACGCUGCCGACGACUUCGACGACGGCGGCAAGCAACCGCGAGCGCGGCCGCCGCGUCCCGGCGCGUCGCUGAAUCGGUCAAUUCCGCGUCGCCCUCCCACCUACCCAUCCCCCAACCGGUGGAAGGGGGGCCAUGAAGAAGUCGUUCUGCUUCCGCGGCUCCGCUGCGAAGAGGGCAGGACGGACGCCGAUGGCGGACUGGUGCGUCUUCUGCGACAUCGCCCGCCGCGCCCCCGCUUCCACCGCCGCUCUCCUCUACUCCGAUGACAAGGUCGUCGCGUUCCAGGACAUCAAUCCGUCCGCGUUCAGGCACUAUCUUGUCAUACCCAUCGAGCAUAUACCAACUGUAAAAAAUCUCCAAAGAACCAACGAAGAUCACCAGUUAGUUAGUCACAUGGUGAAGGUGGGAAAAGAUUUACUCAGUCGAGAUGCUCCCAAAUCUGAGGAACAUAGAUUUGGUUUUCAUCAGCCACCAUUUAAUAGUAUUGAUCACCUCCAUCUUCACUGCCUGGCACUGCCAUUUAUACCCAGUUGGAGGCAAGUAAAAUAUACACCAUUGGGUCCCUUAGGGGGCUUUAUUGAUGCUGAGAAGGUAUUGGAAAAAAUAAAACCAGAAACAGAAGUGUACAGUUAAUAAAAGUAUUUAAGACUGGUACUGGCUAUUCCUGAUUAUUAACGUUCUUCUACUUUUUUGCUUGUAAUAUCAUUUGUAUGUGGUUUGUAUCCCUAUUACUAUUCUUGGAUCGCUAUAAAUUCGAAAGACUUUGUCUGAAAUGCUAUACUUCAUAUCUUCA